AUGUCAAUUCGUAAGUCUGUUCAAAGUCAGCAUGUAAAAGAUCGGCCAAAAAUUCCAUCUGUUCCUCAAAGGAAACAAUUAAGCAAACUUAACAAUAAAACUGAAAUAACGAAAGGAAGCUUACCAAACACGAAACCUAAAUUAAGCCAAUCUCCAGAAGGCCACACCAAUUUAGAUGAUAAAGAAAUUAUAUAUAAAAUUGUUAUGAAUAUUUAAAAAAUAUAAUUAUUUGUUAAUAAAUAAACAUUUAUUAUAAUAAAAUAUAAAUGCAGUUAAAAGUAUUUACUCCCCAAAAGUCGCAGAGAAGCAAACCCAUAGGAAUCCAAGAAUUUAUAGUAAAAUCAGUAUUUUCAAAGGUAGACGAAUUAUUACAGAAAACAUCGACUCCCCUAUCCUUAUCAAUAGAAAAACGGGAGCAAACGACGAAAAUUUUACUUAUAGGACCACAGUGAUUCCUAACUUCUCCUUCUCAUAAACGAAAAAAUUUUACUAGCUUCUGAGGGGAGUUAUUCUUUUUAAAAAAAUUAAUACAAUUAUUUCGAAAAUUAAAAAAAUUGAAUUGAAAAUUAAAUGAUAAUAAAUUUAAUUUAACAUAAAUUUCAACAAAUUCAGCAAGAGAUUUCAUUAUAAUAAUUAUUAUUUAUAUCUAUUACAGUAUUUUAUUAAAAAAUUUAUUUGCUCACUAACUUUUUUUUGUCCAAAUAAUUGGGAUUUUUCCAAUGGUUUUACUUGCUCGUGGAAGGGAGGAGUAAACAUUUUGAAAUUGAUUUGUCUGCUUUUAGGAUCCAGAAAAAUGGGAUGGUCUCUUUAAAAGAAGCUAUGAGAGAUAAAUCGUGGCUCGGCAAGGCCAAAGAAUUCAUACAAUCUGAGUUGUCAUCCUUUAUAAACGCAAGUAUAACCCAAUUUCUGCUUUGGAUUGGGCUUGACUGAUGUCGGGAGGCGUCAGAUGGGGAGUUGGCGAGCCAACGUUUCCCCAAAUGGCAAAUCCUCUUUUUAUUGGAGAUUUGUUAUCUGAGGACUUUGCAACAAACGUUGGCUCGUCAACUCCCCAUCUGAACGCCUCCUGAAAUCAGUCAAGCCCGAUCCAAAGCAGGAAUCAGUUAUAAUGGAAUUAUUAUUACUCAUAACGAAAGCAAUGGAGGGCUGUAUAAAUAUUUUUUAGGAAAAGGAAACAAUCAUCCGCUUGUAAAGCAAUGUUUUAAUAGCAGAUGAUGGUGGUCACAAGCUGAAGAAGAGCAAAGUCCAGGGGUAAAUAUGUCUUGGACACAGUUGAAAAGUCAAGAAUUUAUUAAUUCUAUCCCAAUUAUAAGAGACAGGCCAGAAAAUAUAGAGAAUAUUGAAAAAAGGUCAAUAGAUUGUAAAAUUUUUUACGAGUCUGAAGUCCUUGAAGAAAAAAGUGUAGAUAUUUCCCCAUUAGGGUAUGAUAUUAUUACUAUUUAUAUCCUAUAAACACUUCAAAAAUUAAAAAAAUAAUCAUUUUCUAAAAUAAAAUAUAAAGCUAAAAUAACUACAAUGCAUUUAGGCUAUAUAAAAAGCUAUAUUACUAAAGUAGCUCAUAUGUCGUUUUAAGUGAAAAACUCCAAUACAUUCCUCAUCAGAUAAAAUGCCACAACAGGCUAGAAUUCAACUCAAAUUUAUCAGAUAAAAAAUUUUUAUAUAUGAACAUGAAAAAGUAUUAUAGCGCCUUAAGAAAAAAUGUUUUUAAUUAUUUGCCGCUUACUUUUCAUAUAAAAUUUGGAGAAGAAGACCCAGAAUUUAUCGAGUUUUUAAACUAUUUCCAAGAGUUAAAAUCCUCAAAACAGCAAAAUCUGUGGAUUUUAAAGCCAGGAGAAAAUACAAAUAGAGGAAAUGGAAUAUGUGUGUGCGAUACUUUAGAAAAAAUUACCCAAGAGGUCAGAAAUAACCCAUUUCCUAAGACAGGUGAGCAUACUUUUAUUAUUCAAAAAUAUUUAGAUAGGCCUUAUUUAAUCAAUAAGCGAAAAUUUGAUAUUCGCUUGUAUACGCUUGUUACAGCUACUAAUGGAAUUAUUCAAGCUUAUUUUUACCAAGAAGGAUAUUUAAGAACUGCGUGUAAAGAAUACUCACCCAAAAAUCUUGAUAAUAAAUUUAUCCAUUUAACAAAUGACGCUGUGCAGAAAAAGUCAGAGGACUAUGGGAAAUUUGAGAAUGGAAAUAAAAUUUCGUAUAUGGAGUUUCAGAGGUAUAUAGAAAACAGAAGGCCAAAAGUAAAUAUAAAAUUUAUAUUGAAUAAUGUCAGUGAUUUUUUUAAAUUUAUGCAUAAAUUAUUUAUUUUAAAUAUUAUAUUAACUUUUUUGACGAUGUACUCCCUGCUAUGAAAGAUAUAGUUAAAGGUUCCUUCACACGAGGUCUACUCCAUAAAGACUAUUUUUUUCGGCCUAUUUUUUUUUUGGCCUAUUUUUUUUUGGCCUAUUAUUUUUUGGCCUAUUUUUUUGGCCUAUUUUUUUUUGGCCUAUUUUUUUUUGGCCUAUUUUUUUUUGGCCUAUUUUUUUUGGCCUAUUUUUUUUUGACCUAUUUUUUUUGACUUUUUUUUGGAUAUUUUUUACUAAUAUUUGGGCCUAAUUUCAUACUAAUGAUUUUAAUAUUAUUUUUAAUGUAUUUUAAACGAUUUUAUCAACAUAAAAUACACCUUUAACAGAUCUCUUACUCCAAUAAUGCUAAUUCAUUGCUUUUUCAAUUUCGAGAAUUUUAAAUUUAAUUAGGAUUUUUCCACUUAAUUUACUCAAUAUUAAUCGUGUAAGGAAAUACAUCCGUUACCCAAUAAUUAUUUAGUUCUGUCAGGAGCUUCAUGAAUUAUCCUCGACAGAAAAAAUAGACCUAAAAAAAAUAGGCCAAAAAAAAAUAGGCCAAAAAAAAAUAGGCCAAAAACAAAUAGGCCAAAAAAAAUAGGCCAAAAAACAAUAGGCCAAAAUAAAUAGGCCAAAAAAAAAUAGGCCAAAAAAAAAUAGGCCAAAAAAAAAUAGACCAAAAAAAAAUAGGCCGAAAAAAAUAGGCCAAAAAAAAUUAGGCCAAAAAAAAAUAGGCCAAAAAAAAAAGUCUUUAUGGAGUAGACCUCGUGUGAAGACACGAUAGUUAAAGAUACAAUACAAGCUGUUUAUAUGAAAAUAAGCAAAAAUAAUAGGGCUCAUACUUUUGAAAUAUAUGGGUAUGAUUUUCUAUUGGAUUCUAAUUUGAAGCCUUGGCUUUUAGAAGUCAAUACUAAUCCUUGUCUUGAGCUUUCGUCUCCUAUUUUAGCGAGGAUUAUACCAGCAAUGCUUGAAAAUGCUUUUAAAAUUGCUUUAGACCCUUUGUUCCCUGAGCCUCAUCAUAUAAGCAAAAAAGCCCAAGUGGGAACUCUACAGGAUCAUUUGCCAGAAAAUAAAUUUGAGCUGAUUUUCCAUGAGAAAUAUGAUGGCGCGAAAUUAUUAGAAAGACUAGAGUCAUUAGGAACUUUAAAUAUUUUUAUGAGCGCCAAAGAUGAAUAA